GUCCUCAUGGACGCCCUGAACAGCCUCGCCGCCGACUCGCCCUGCGGCAUCCCCCCCAAGAUGUGGAAGACCAGCCCCGAGCCGGCGCCCGUGUCCGCCGCCCCGCCCAAGGCCGGCCUGCCCCGCCACCUGUACCCGGCCGCCGUGGAAUUUCUGGGCCCCUGCGAGCAGGAGGAGAGGAGGAACUCGGCCCCCGAGUCCAUCCUGCUGAUGCCGCCCACGUGGCCCAAGCAGCUGGUGCCCGCCCUUCCCCUCUGCAGUAUUCCAGUGACCGCAUCCCUCCCUCCGCUUGAGUGGCCACUCUCCCACCAGUCGGGGUCCUAUGAGCUGCGGAUUGAGGUGCAGCCCAAGCCACAUCACCGGGCCCACUAUGAGACAGAAGGCAGCCGAGGGGCUGUCAAAGCUCCGACUGGUGGCCACCCUGUCGUUCAGCUCCAUGGCUACAUGGAAAACAAGCCCCUCGGGCUUCAGAUCUUCAUUGGGACAGCUGACGAGCGGAUCCUUAAGCCCCACGCUUUCUACCAGGUGCACCGCAUCACGGGAAAAACCGUCACCACCACCAGCUAUGAGAAGAUCGUAGGCAACACCAAAGUCCUGGAGAUCCCUCUGGAGCCAAAGAACAACAUGAGGGCGACGUCUGAGUCAGCACCUUAUUCUGAGCCGGGCCGGAAUACAUCAGCCAACGACGGUGGCCUGAUGGAGACACAGAACGGUGUGCAGCAGCCGGAGCACUGUGGCCAGGGGUGGUCAGGGCUUCGGCCAGGACGAGGCUUCCGGGAGGCCCCUCCUUGCCUGGGCUGGCUGGCGGCUUUCCCACGGGGAAGCCUUUACCGAAGAGGGGCCUCUCAGGCCCAGCGAUCCGCCCACGAGCUGCCCAUGGUGGAAAGACAGGACAUCGACAGCUGCCUGGUCUACGGGGGCCAGCAGAUGAUCCUCACGGGACAGAACUUCACAGCCGAGUCCAAAGUCGUGUUUACUGAGAAGACCACAGAUGGGCAGCAAAUUUGGGAAAUGGAAGCCACGGUGGAUAAAGACAAGAGCCAGCCUAACAUGCUUUUUGUUGAGAUCCCUGAAUAUCGAAACAAGCACAUCCGUGCAUCGGUGAAGGUCAACUUCUACGUCAUCAAUGGGAAAAGAAAACGGAGUCAACCUCAGCACUUUACUUACCACCCAGUCCCAGCCAUCAAGACGGAGCCCACCGACGAAUACGACCCCACCUUGAUCUGCAGCCCGGCCCACGGGGGCCUGGGGAGCCAGCCUUACUACCCGCAGCACCCGAUGGUGGCUGAGUCCCCCUCCUGCCUCGUGGCCACCAUGGCGCCCUGCCAACAGUUCCGCUCGGGGCUCUCGUCCCCCGACGCCCGCUACCAGCAGCAGAACCCAGCGGCCGUCCUCUACCAGCGGAGCAAGAGCCUGAGCCCCAGCCUGCUGGGCUACCAGCAGCCGGCCCUCAUGGCCGCCCCCCUGUCCCUGGCGGACGCCCACCGCUCCGUGCUGGUGCACGCCGGCUCCCAGGGCCAGAGCUCCAGCCUGCUGCACUCCUCUCCGGCCAACCAGCAGGCCUCGCCGGUGAUCCACUACUCGCCCACCGGCCAGCAGCUGCGCUGCGGUGGCCACCAGGAGUUCCAGCACAUCAUGUACUGCGAGAAUUUCGCGCCCGGCCCCGCCAGGCCCGGCCCGCCCCCCGCCAGUCAAGGUCAGAGGCUGAGCCCGGGGUCCUACCCCACGGUCAUUCAGCAGCAGAAUGCCACCAGCCAAAGAGCCGCCAAAAACGGACCCCCGGUCAGUGACCAAAAGGAAGUAUUACCCGCAGGAGUGACAAUUAAGCAGGAGCAGAAUUUGGACCAGACCUACUUGGACGACGGUAAGAUGCUUUGUUUUUCUCGUCGCCCGUAA